GUUAAGUACUAAUUCGUAUUUCGCAGUGUUUUACUUUUAGAGACUUAAAAUGCACAUAAAACAGGUGAUUAUUCAAGGAUUCAAGAGUUAUCGUGAGCAGAUUGUUGUGGAGCCUUUUGACAAACGCCACAAUGUUGUCGUAGGGCGCAAUGGAUCAGGAAAAAGUAAUUUCUUUCAUGCUAUCCAGUUUGUGCUUAGUGAUGAAUUCUCUCAUCUCCGACCUGAACAAAGAUUGGCUCUGCUACACGAGGGCACUGGACCAAGAGUCAUAUCGGCUUUUGUUGAGAUUAUAUUUGAUAACUCCGACAAUAGAAUACCUAUUGAAAAAGAUGAAAUUUUCUUACGCCGAGUCAUUGGUUCCAAAAAAGAUCAAUUCUUCCUUAACAAGAAGGUGGUGCCAAGGUCAGAAGUUCUUAAUCUGUUGGAGAGCGCUGGACUGUCCAAUUCUAACCCUUACUAUAUAGUAAAACAGGGAAAGAUUAAUCAAAUGGCUGUAGCUCCAGAUUCACACAGGCUGAAGUUAUUGAGGGAAGUGGCUGGUACCAGGGUAUAUGAUGAACGCAGAGAGGAAUCUGUCACUAUUCUAAAGGAAACAGUAGGAAAGGUUGAGAAAAUUAAUGAAUUCCUUCAAACCAUAGAGGAGCGUCUUAAAACUCUCGAAGAAGAGAAGGAGGAACUCAAAGAAUACCAGAAGUGGGAUCGCGCUCGGCGCGUUUUAGAGUUUAUUAUCCACGACACGGAACAUAGAGAAAACAAAAGGAAACUGGAGGAGUUGGAGAAGAUGCGUUCAAACAGCGGCAAAGAGCAACAACAUUACGCUGAUUUAGUGAGAGAAGCACAAGAUCACGUCAGAGAAGCUAACAGAAAGUUGAAAGAAGCCCGCAAAGAUGUGGCCGCAGCGCGGGAAGAAAAAGACAUAUUGUCUACGGAACAACAACAGUUGUUACGCGAGAAGACCAAACUGGAGCUCGCCAUCAAAGACUUGACUGACGACGUCGAUGGCGAUAAUAAGUCUAAGGAAAGAGCUGAAGCCGAAUUAGAACGGUUGAGACAGCAAAUAUCAGAGAAGGAACGCGAGCUAGAGGAAUUGAAACCUAAAUACGAAGAGAUGAAGGCUCGCGAAGAGGAAUGCACUAGAGCUCUAUCUUUAAACCAACAGAAGCGACAAGAACUAUAUGCUAAACAAGGACGGGGCACGCAGUUUACUUCGAAGCAAGACAGGGACAGAUGGAUCGAGAAGGAGUUGAAAUCUCUAAACAAGCAAAUCAAAGACAAGAAAGACCACGAAGGCAAAUUGCGCGAAGAUCUCCGACGCGACGCGACCAAACUCACAGAAUUAGAGAAGAGAAUAGAAGAGAUGACGAAAGAGAUGGAGAGACAACGCGUAGCCAUAGACGAGCACAACAAACAGUACUACGAGUGCAAGAAGAAGAAGGACCAAGAACAGAGUACGAGAAAUGAACUUUGGCGAAAAGAAACAUCAUUGACGCAAAACUUAUCUUCUUUGAAAGAAGAUUUGGCUAAAGCAGACCAAGCACUUCGUUCUAUGGCCGGAAAGCCGAUUUUGAAUGGAAGGGACAGUGUGAGAAAAGUUCUAGAAACAUUCCAAGAGAGAGGGGGAGAAUGGGCCAAGAUAGCCACUCAAUACUACGGACCGGUCAUCGAGAACUUCACCUGUGACAAGACUAUUUACACGGCCGUCGAAGUGACAGCUGGUAAUCGUCUAUUCCAUCACAUAGUGGAGUCAGACACCGUAGGUACGAAGAUUCUGAAGGAGAUGAACCGUCAAAGUCUACCCGGAGAAGUCACUUUUAUGCCUUUGAAUCGACUCCAAGUUAGGGAUAUGGUUUAUCCAAAUGACAAUAACGCCAUAGCCAUGGUGCAGAAGCUGAAAUACGACCCCAAAUACGCUAAGGCGAUGAAAUAUAUCUUCGGCAAAACGCUAAUCUGCAGGAAUCUCGAAUGCGCCACGGAAUUGGGGAAACAAUUCCAUUUGGAUUGCGUCACUUUGGAAGGAGACCAGGUGUCAUCAAAAGGUUCUCUCACCGGCGGAUAUUUCAACCAAUCUAGGUCUCGAUUAGAAAUGCAGAAGACUCGUUCAGAAUUAAUGGAGCAAAUAACUACUUUAGAACAAGAAUUGAGCACAUUACGACAAGAGUUGAAUAAGACUGAAACGAGUAUAAAUACAAUUGUUUCGGAGAUGCAGAGAACGGAAACUAAACAGGGUAAAGCGAAGGACAUAUUUGAUAAAGUUAAGGCUGAUAUACGCUUGAUGAAGGAAGAGUUGGCGUCCAUAGAACGUUUCCGUGGACCGAAGGAAAGAUCUUUGGCUCAAUGCCGUUCCAGUUUGGAAGCCAUGCAAGCUACUAAAGAGGGCUUGGAAUCUGAAUUACACCAAGAAUUAAUGGAGCAGCUGUCAACAUCGGAUCAGGGCAAAGUGGACGAACUGAACGACGCCAUCAGAAGGCUGACACAAGAGAACAAAGAAGCGUUCAGUCAAAGAAUGAACUUAGAAGCAAACAAGAACAAACUCGAGAACUUGCUCACUAACAAUCUUAUCAGACGUAAAGACGAGUUAGUUCAAGCACUCCAAGAGAUAUCUGUAGAAGAUCGUAAACGUCGCUUGGCAAAUAGUAAGGGGGAUCUCAACGCCUCCGAUAAACGAAUCAAACAGAUUAACAAGGAAAUGGAAGAAGUCGAGAAGAAAGUACAAUCAGCCGUUAAGAACGAGAAAGCACUAAAGAUGGAACUGGACAAAUGGAGGAAUAAAGAAAAAGAAGCGCAAGACAAAAUGGAAGAGGACGCGAAAGGAUUAGAGAAGAUGGCCUCCAAAGAAGUUCUGCUCCAGGAGAAAAUACAAGAAUCGCUGGACAAAAUCGCUGCCUUAGGCACGUUGCCUAACGCACCGGAACUUCACGCUAAAUAUCAGAAAUUGUCUUUGAAGCAGCUUUUCAAAGAACUAGAGAAAGCCAAUCAGCAUUUGAAAAAGUACAAUCAUGUGAACAAAAAGGCUUUGGACCAGUUCAUCAGCUUCUCAGAGCAAAAGGAAAAACUGUACAAAAGGAAAGAAGAACUUGAUAUUGGUGGUGAGAAAAUCCGGGAGCUCAUAGAAACACUGGAACAUCGUAAACUGGAAGCUAUCCAAUUCACAUUCCGUCAAGUGAGCAAGAACUUCACCGAAGUGUUCAAGAAGUUAGUGCCACAAGGAAGAGGAUCGCUCAUCAUGAGAACUGGCGCUGACGACGCCGGAGAACUGAGUGCUGAGCGCGCUACGGGCGAUCAAUUCGCCGGCGUUGGCAUCAAAGUUUCCUUCACGGGCGGUGAAGGCGACAUGCGGGAGAUGAACCAACUAUCAGGCGGGCAAAAGUCUUUGGUAGCUCUCGCGCUCAUAUUCGCCAUACAGAAAUGCGACCCGGCGCCCUUCUACCUCUUCGACGAGAUCGACCAGGCUCUCGACGCACAGCAUCGUAAAGCGAUCGCCAACAUGAUCCACGAGUUAUCAACGUCCGCUCAAUUCAUCACGACUACUUUCCGACCGGAAUUAUUGGAGCACGCGCACAAAUUCUACGGCGUCAAGUUCAGGAACAAAGUGUCGCACGUUGAAUGCGUUACGCAGGAAGAGGCCAGAGACUUCGUAGAAGACAGCGCUACACACGCCUAAAAUGUUGUUUAAUGUUAAUUUUUAAAUAAAG